CUAAGAAACUAAGGAUGAAGCUCCUUUUUGUAGCUGCCUUUGCAGUCUUUGUGCUGUCUAGCUUUGACAAGGCUGACUCCUCAGCUUAUGACAAAAUAGUAGCUCACAGUCGUAUCAGGGCAAGAAAAGAGGGACCCAAUGUCUGCGCUCUCCAGCAAGUCAUGGGGACCAAGAAGAAGUACUUUAGCACUUGCCGCAAUUGGUACCAAGGAGCCAUCUGUGGAAAGAAAGCGACUGUGCUUUAUGAGUGCUGCCCAGGUUACAUGAAGCUGGAUGGCAUGCCUGGUUGCCCCGCAGUGGCACCGAUUGAUCACGUGUAUGGCACUUUGGGUAUGGUGAAAGCCACAUCCACCCAGAGCUACUCAGACAUCUCCAAGCUGAGGCCUGAGAUUGAGGGGUCUGGAUCCUACACCUUCUUUGCCCCCAGCAACGACGCCUGGGAGCUUUUGGACCCAGUAGUGAGGAGUGCAUUGGUCAGCAACGUCAACAUCGAGUUGUACAACGCCCUCCACUAUCACAUGGUCAACAAACGCCUCUUGACCAAAGACUUGAAGAACGGAAUGACUGCCACCUCCAUGUACAAUGACCUCGGCCUCUUUAUCAACCAUUACUCCAACGGGGUAGUGACCGUGAACUGUGCCAGGAUCAUCCACGGUAACCAGAUUGCCACCAACGGUGUGGUGCACGUCAUUGACCGCGUCAUUAGUGCUGUAGGAAACACCAUCCAGGACGUGAUUGAGGUUGACGACGAUCUGUCAACUCUGAGUGACGUGGCUCUUGCCUCUGGUUUGCUGGACAAGCUGGGUCAGGCAGGACAGUACACUCUCUUCGCACCCACCAAUGAAGCUUUUGACAGGCUGGGCAGAGAUGUGCUGAACCGAAUUAAGACCAACAAGGAGGCCCUCCAAGCUCUGCUGAAUUUCCACCUCCUGAACUCAGUCCAGUGCUCGGAGGCCAUCAUGAGCGGCACCUCCUAUGAGACGCUGGAGGGCAAGAACAUUGAGAUCGGCUGUGAUGGCGACAGUCUCACAGUCAAUGGUGUCAAGAUGGUACGGAAGAAGGACAUUGUCACCUCCAACGGUGUCAUCCACCUCAUUGACCAAGUGCUCAUGCCUGACUCAGCUAAGCAGGUGAUGGAACUGACCGACAGUUCCCAGUCCACCUUCAGUGACCUGGUGUCCGAGCUGGGCCUGUCUGCCGCCAUGAGACCAGAGGCUGAAUACACUCUGCUCGCUCCCCUCAACGUUGCUUUCAAUGAUGAGGUAAUGUCCAUGGAUCAGAGUUGGCUCAGGAUCAUCCUGGAGAACCACAUCUUGAAGAGAAAGAUUGUUUUGAGCGAACUCUACAAUGGCCAGCAGUUGGAGACCAUUGGAGGAAAGUUUCUGAGGGUCUUCAUCUACCGCUCCGCGGUGUGCAUUGAGAAUUCGUGUCUGGUAAGAGGCAGUAAAGAGGGAAGCAACGGAGCCCUUCAUGUCAUGAGGAUGCUGAUGAAGCCGGCCGAGAAAAAUAUGUUUGAGAUUCUGACGGAAAAUGGAGGCUUCAAGAUCUUUUUGUCCCUGGUAGAAACUGCUGGCUUGACUGACCUACUGAAACAGGAGGGAGAUUUUACUCUGUUUGCCCCCAGUGAUAAAGCUUUUGCUUCUGUGAGCGAGAGGGAAUUGGACAUGCUGAGGGGUGAUAUCAAUGCCCUCAGAACCAUCCUUCUGUAUCACUUCAAUAAUGGCGUCUUCCUUGGUGGAGGUUUGGAGAGUGGGGUGACAAACCUUCUCAAGACUCUCCAGGGCAACAACCUCAAAGUGGUGUUUGCAAACAACAGCGUGCAAGUGAAUUCUGUCAAAGUCCCUGAGUCUGAUAUUAUGGCCACUAAUGGGGUCGUUCACUUUGUCAACAGUCUGCUGUAUCCUGAAGAUAUCCCUGUUGGAAGCCAGAAUCUCCUUGGGCUGUUGCGGAGGCUUAUCACUUACAUCCAGAUCAAGUACGUUUCUGGAUACAGAUACCAGGAAAUUCCCCUCACAUUUAUGAAGAGGAUCGUCACUCGUGUCAUCCAGGAAGGGGACCCUACCUUCACAAAGGUUACCAGGGUCAUCGGGGGUGGUGACCCCAAAUUAACAAAGGUUACCAGAGUCAUCCAGAGUGGUGAGCCCAAAAUCACCAAGGUUACCAGGGUCAUCGAUGGUGGUGAGCCCACCUACACCAAAGUCACCAGGGUUGUCUCAGGCCCGAGUUACUCAGUCAGCAGUAGCACCUCCAACAUAGAUCUGGAAGGUACUGACGUUUCCCAUAUUACUAUUGAGGGGGACCCAAACGUGCUGAGCCUUGACUCUGAAAAAAUUACCAAAUUCAUCCAAGAAGGAGGGGAUCCAAGAAGAGGCCCUGGCCGAAGACCAGCUAACCCCAGGAGGAGGACAAGACUGGCCCAAGACAAGAAAGACGAGUGAACAUUGAUAAAUCAGAAUACCGAAAGUGUGUAGACAAAGAGAGCGACACAACCCAGAGCGGACGCUAGUGGUCUUGGCAUGGAAUGUCAGCGUUUUUAGAUAUACUGUAAUUGCCAUAAAUGACAUAAAUAAAACCGUUUUCAUAAACAAUUCAAUGGUGCUUCAAAUGUAUACCUAAAAUGAGGGUGCAAUGUCUGAAAAGAGUUUUAUAAACCGUAUAUGUAAAUAGUUUUCAAAUGAGGAUUUUGGCAUGACUUUAAAGACAUGGAGCGAGUCAGGGUAGCAAUAAAAUCCUUCAAAUCCAAGCUAUUAGAGUCACAAUAAAAGCCUUUCUGUCCUACAGUUUGCUAUGCUUUUUCUAGAGGUGAGGCUUGAGUUUUAUUAGACAUCUGGAAAGAUUGUAUAAUUCAUCUCAGUUUGAUGAAGCUUUUGGGGUGCAUACAUUGAAAAUGAAACUUUUAUUGGGAUGUACUUUCAGGCUCAAACUGUAAUAUUCUUUUCAUUUCUCAGAUUGUAUGUUGUUAAAAAUUCAUGUUCAUCUUGUCUGUGUUUGUAAUAUUUGGAGCAAUUUAUCAACAACAGUGCAGACUGUCUCGUUUGUAUUUUCUAAACAUUUUCCAAUAAAAACGCAUUCUUUGA